GUCAAUAUGGAAAAACCGAUUUUACUCGUCUCUUCAUUCUUGCUGCUCCUCAUACAGUUUUCCCAUCAGCAAGCGCCGAUUGUAGAAACUGCGCUUGGUAAUAUACGAGGCGAUGUGCUGACAACGCGUAGAGGCCGAGAUAUCUACGCAUAUCGUGGUAUCCACUACGCAAAAUCACCGACCGGAUUGCGACGUUUUGCACCACCUGUACCAGUUGAGCCAUGGAACGAUACCUUAGACGCAUUGGCCGAUGGUCCAAUAUGUCCGCAAGGUGGCCUAACUGAGGGUUUGACUGAGUCUGAGGAUUGCCUCUCACUAAACGUCUAUACCACCAAUGUAAAUGCAACAGAACCCGUCAUAGUCUAUAUACAUGGCGGUGGAAAUAUAUAUGGGAAUGCAAAUAGUGAAUAUGGCGCCAGUCCGAAGUAUUUACUGGAUGAGAAUGUGGUGUUGGUCGGUAUACAGUUUCGUUUGGGUGCCUUCGGGUUCUUGAGUACGAGCACGUAUGAGGCAAGUGGAAAUUACGGUUAUUUGGAUCAAGUGUUGGCGCUUAAAUGGGUGCAAGCGCAUAUAAGGAGUUUCGGUGGUGAUCCCACGCGUGUCACUAUACUCGGCUUAAGCGCUGGCGGCAUGGCAGUCACGUUGCAUUUGGUAUCACCCAUGUCGAGUGGUCUCUUUAGUGGCGCCGUUGUAAUGAGUGGCAGUGCCACACAUCAUUAUGACAUAGAUAAUGCGUAUUGGAGUCGAAAAUUAGCACACGACCUCGGCUGUCCAAGGUUCAAUACAAAAUAUUUACUAAAUUGUCUCAGACAAGUUAGUUGGCAGCAAAUAGUUAAUGUGACGGAGGGUUGGAGAACGUAUGAUCUUCCGCAUAUAAAGUGGAAUUAUGAAAUUGAUGGCACGUUUCUGUUGGAACAUCCCAUUGAGUCGAUUCGCAGUAACAGAUUUCAUCGUGUACCAAUAAUUGCUGGUAUAACUUAUAAUGAAUUUGACUUUUCUAUACAAGCAAAGGAAAAUGACACCGAUCUGCUUGAUGAUAUCAACGAAAAUUUUGCUCUUUACGCGCCGGAGUUUUUGCAACUCAACAGCACAGACGAAAGCAAAGCAAGGACUAUACGUAGCUUCUAUUACAACACAACAGACAUUUACAAAUAUAAUUUGGUUGGUUUUGGUCAAAUGACAUCGGACGCCAUCAUCGGGCAUGGUGUGCACAGAUUAGUAGAGCUGGCAAGGAAUUUCACAGACGUUUAUUAUUAUCGUUUCGAUUAUGUUGGAGAAAAAUCAGAAUUUCCUGACAGUUUGGGAAAACCUCAAGGAGCUUGCCAUGCAGAUGAUAUAAUUUAUAUUCUGCCCAGAACAAGCUUCAGUGUGGAGAAUAACUCCACGGACAUAUUUAUGGUCGAUCGUAUGGUCAAUGUUAUUGCAACAUUCGCUGCAAAUGGCAAACCGCCAGUAAUUGAAAAUAUUACAUGGACACCAUCUACUGCCGACGAGCUUGUGGUUUUAUACAAUAACAAGUAUCCAUUUAUAAGCAAUCCCUUUUAUGUGGAUCGUUAUGCAAUGUGGGAUGAAUUAUUCCCCCUAAAGGAAAGUGCCGCAAAGGCUCUAUUACCCACUGUUGUAUUACUUAUGUUAUCGGCUAGUCGGUAUCUAGUGCUGUAAACAACUAAGUGCGUGAAGUAUGAGGAUUAACGUAAAACGAUUUAAUAACAAAAUAUUUUAAUCGGUUAAAAGAUUUGGAAAUGUUAUCGUUAAAGCAGUUAUCAAAAUAAAUUUUUAUUUAAUUUUUACCCAAAAGGAAAAGCUGUUGUUAAUGUUACAACGUUAACAGAUAAUGUUAAGCGUUAACAGACAAUGUAAAACUUUAAAACUGAAGUGGACUGUUAAUAUCAAGGCAGCAUCCAUUCUAAAAAUAAAGUCAACGCUGAUUUGGUUCAAUAAUAACAAUUUCUUUUCGUUUCGAUGAUAUGGCGCCAAAACGAAAACAAAAAAUCAUUUUGGAAAGGUUGAUUUUCAUAUUGACAAAACAAAAUGACCUUGUUUCGUUAGUUGAAAACUCUAAUACAUAAUAUUCUCAAAAUAAUAGGCGUAAACAUGAAAAGUGUAAUUAUGUGUGUAGUUAUGGAAAUAUAUAGAAAAACAUAAAUGCAAAAA